AUGGCGCUGGACCUGGGCAACGACCAAUAUGCUCUCGCAUUGCUAGGAACUAAUGGAAGUGACGAUCAAUACGAAGGUGGCAACUUGGCUUCUCGUCCGUACUCCAAAAGCUCAAACGGCGUGGAUAGUGAGCAGAUGCGGUUAGAAAUUGUGCGUCUGGAAAAUAUGCUGGCAAGUCGUAUCGCGGCUCGUGCCAAUCAGGACAAGUCCAACCUACCACUUGAGCGUACCAGCAAAAUUGAGAAGUACGUGGAGGUCAUGGAGCUUACUAAGUGCUUGCGUCGUCAGAAAGAGUUUUUGCUAAGCGAAAAUCGCAAACGUCAACGCUUUGCGGAAAAGAUCCAGCAGGCCAUGCCGCCAUCUACUGACAGCAUUCAAUUUAUGAAAAAUGUAAAAUACCCGUCCGAUGAGGAGCUAGAGAAGACGUCCCAAGAGGCAUUUAUGGAGAUGAUGGAGUAUCAAUCUAUGUAUAUGCAUACUUUCUCCGAGAAGAGUUUUGUGGGAGGUGAUAUGGCUCGUGCUUUCAACGAGACUUGGGCGAUGUUUCACGAUGAAGCCAAGCAGGAGUUGCUGCACCGCCGAAGGAGCAAGUUUUGUAUUUUGAAGAAGCUAAAUGAAAAUAUGUAUUUGACGCGCAAUAUUCACCAAUUUAUUGGAGAAAGUUUUCCACGCCACGCAAUGACUCUUGUGUGUCGGAUUUCAAUUGACCGAGAUACGUUUGCUAUCAUUAGCAAGUCUGUCGUGCCACCUUCGAAUGAUGCUCAGCACCUUGUGUGGACGGAUGAGUGCUUUAUGUGGAAGUUUGUCAGGCGUACGUGCGGAUUCGACUUAUCUAUCCGUGGCAAAUACGGCAGCACUUCGGCAGUUGCUGGCAACCGCUUGCCUAUGUUGGAGUCAUACUUUCAGCUUGUAGACUGGGAGUCGCUUGUCAUUCAUCCAAUAUUCGACUUUUCGGUUGCAUAA